UUUCUUUCUUUUGCAAACACCCUCUUCUUCUUCUUAUCUUUCUCUCUCUCGCAGGUAGGCAGCCAUGGAAGACCACCAUCAUCUGCCAUCUCUAAUCUCUCUUGAUCCCCCUCUCUCUCUCUCAGCCAUCUCUGUCGAUACCCCUCUCUCUCUCUCUCAGCCAUCUUCUCUUUCUCAAUCCCCCCUCUCUCUCUCUCUCCCGAUAAUACCCAAGGACCAUGUCGCCGUCGUCACCGUCGUCGAGGACCACGGACCCAGGUGCCGUCGCCGUCGUCGAGGACCACCACGCCAGGUUGUGAUGGUAGUUUCGGUAGUGGUGGGCGGUGGUGUUUACGAUGGUUAUGGAUGGUGGUGGUUUACGGUGGCUACGGUGGCUACGGAUGAUGGUGGUUUCGGUUGUGUUGGUGGUGGUGUUUACAGUGGCUUUGGAGGGAAGUGGUGGAUAGAUAGAGAGAGAGAGAGAGAGCUGAGAUGAA